CUACAUAUUACUUUGAAAUUUUUUUAAUCUAUUUUUUAUUUAAGUAAAUUUAUUUUUUAUUUAUAUACCAAAACACUUUUGUAUUAUUUGAAUGGAGAGAGUUUGAGGGAAUGACUACCAUCUCAUAUCUCGCCUGAGCUCCUAUCGAGUUUUAUAGCGGCGCCGGAGAGGCGUCGGAGGGAGAAACAGCUAUGGAUAUUCUCAAACAAGAGCUGGAGAAGAGGCGGAACAGCCUGCGGGAAGACGUCGGAGGCAAAAAGUUCUUCAAACGCUCCGAGAUCGAGCAGAAACGCCUCCAGCGGCUACACGAGGAAGAGAAACGCGAAGCCGAAUCCAAAGCUCUCCGGAAAAAGCAAUCGGAGCAAGCAAACAGAUCCGGCGCCGACGCUUCUUCCGAUCCCAACUCCAAUUCUAAUCACCUCGGUAAAUCCAACGCCGAAUCCAAUGCAUCUUCUUCCAAACCCCAAACCCUAACCGACGAACAAAAGAUCGAUUCGCUCCAUCUUCCGAGGCAAGAAGUUAUUCGCAGACUCCGCUUCCUGAAACAGCCCGUCACACUGUUCGGCGAGGAUGAUGAGGCCAGGCUGGAUAGGUUGAAAUAUGUGCUGAAAGCAGGGCUUUUUGAAGUCGACGACAGCGAUAUGACGGAGGGGCAGACUAAUGAUUUCCUGCGUGAUAUUGUGGAGUUGAAGAAACGGCAGAAGUCUGGGAUUUUGAGCGAAAGGAAACGGAAGGCUACAGAGGAUGGAGAGGAUAGAGAUGGGGGAGGCGGCGAAGAUGAUUUGAGCGGGGACGGAGGCUCGUCGGGAGUGGAUUACGACAAGGAUUUGAAGAGGCUGAAGACCAAAUUUGGGGACUUGUGUGAUGAGGACAAGAUUUUGGUGUUCUUUAAGAAGCUGUUGAACGAGUGGAAUCAGGAGCUUGAUGAGAUGACUGAGGCUGAGAAGAGAACUGCCAAAGGGAAAUCCAUGGUUGCCACAUUCAAGCAGUGUGCUAGGUACUUGAAUCCUCUGUUCAAGUUCUGCAGGAAGAAGGUACUUCCCGAUGAUAUUCGGCAAGCAUUACUUUUGAUGGUCAAGUGCUGCAUGGAGAGAGAUUAUCUAGCCGCCAUGGAUCAUUACAUCAGAAUGGCCAUUGGCAAUGCUCCUUGGCCCAUUGGUGUUACUAUGGUUGGUAUCCAUGAACGUUCGGCCCGCGAGAAAAUUUACACCAACAGUGUUGCACACAUCAUGAACGACGAGACCACCCGAAAGUAUCUGCAGUCGGUCAAGAGAUUGAUGACAUUCUGCCAGCGCCGCUACCCCACCGCCCCAUCAAAGGCCGUGGAGUUCAACAGCUUGGCCAAUGGCAGUGAUUUGCAGUCAUUACUCGCAGAAGAAAAGUCUUCAUCCUCAGAUGAAAAGCAGCUUCGCCUAUUGCCUGCCUGAUGAAUUGUAUGUAUCAUUUUCGUUACGUUGUAGAAACACUACACGAACAAAAACGGUUCCUUUGGAAUAUUUUUGAAUUUGAAGGAUAUGGUGGCCUGUUUGGUGCCCAUAACCAGUGUAUAAGUAUCUUUUACUGAUUUUGUUUGGGUUGCCCAAUGUGAAACUCAAUGCUGGUUUUGAUU